AUGGCCAAAUUCCUUUGGGAUAUACGAGGACUUCGAGAGGUUCUUGGUGUCGAUGAGCAUUCCUUGGUGCAGUGUGUUACAGUAGACACGAGCAGGCUAGUUUCGCAACUGGACAAGGAGUUACAAAAUGAAGAAAGUGGGGUCGAUCUUGCUGUCAAACAGUUGCAAUUGCUGAUAGAAAAUGUAUACAAUAAAAUACGGAGAGAUUCGGGAGUUCCUUCAGAUCGCUCUCUGGUGAUAAAUUUGAAUUUCACUAAUUUGAAAUUCUCAGUGGCUUAUUGGGAUAUCUUAUUGGAGAGGUCACUAGACUUGAUGGCGAAUGAAGCACCAAAAACGAAUGCCCGGUAUUUUAUUACCGAGGCUACACCCAUGGAGAGAGAUCGGUAUGCCGAAACUAAUCUGAACUUUCAGACCUUCAAAGUUAAUCAGCGUCGAGUGCGGAAUACCGUCGAUAUGGACGAGUUUAUCGAUUUUGAAACACUAAUCAAGCAGAUAAUUUUUGACCUUCUUAAAAGGAACGAUAUUCCCGAACAGGAUUUCGAGGCCAUCUUGUCAAGGUUUCACAACUUAGAAAGCUUGAUGCUCGCUUUCAGCGAGUGA